AUGUCAACGAGUGCUAAAAUUAGUAGUAAUAUUAAAGAACCGGAAUCUAUUAAAGUACCACCCGUAAAGGUGGAAGAAAAGGAACAACCGCAAGAGGAGAAAGAAGAUGAACAUUAUGAAGUGAGCUAUAAAGUUGGAGUAGCAGAGAAUAAGAAUUCUAAAUUUCGGAAGACGAUGGAAGAUGUCCAUACAUAUGUUCAAAAUUUCGCCUCAAGAUUGGAUUGGGGGUAUUUUGCUGUCUUUGAUGGCCAUGCUGGUGUUCAAGCAUCUAAGUGGUGUGGUUCUCAUCUACAUUCGAUAAUUGAGAAAGAUAUAUUGGAGAAUGAAACCAAAGAUAUCAGAGAAAUCCUCAAUGAUUCAUUUUUAUUAGUGGAUAAACAGAUUAAUACCACUUUACAGGGCAAUAGUGGCUGUACUGCUGCCGUCUGUGUGUUAAGGUGGGAAUUACCUGAUUUGGAAGAAGAUUUUCAAGAAGGUGAUAUUGAUUUGAGAGAACAUAAGAGGAAAUUAUACACGGCGAAUGUGGGUGAUUCGCGAAUAGUUCUUUAUAGGGGUGGGCGUAGUAUAAGGUUAACAUAUGAUCAUAAGGCAUCAGAUCCACUGGAAAUGCAACGUGUGGAAGAAGCAGGAGGGCUGAUAAUGAAGAGUCGAGUGAACGGAAUGUUGGCUGUUACAAGGUCACUUGGUGAUAAGUUUUUUGAUAGUUUAGUAGUAGGGAACCCUUUCACUACUAGUGUGGAGAUAACAGAUGCUGAUCAAUUUUUAAUAAUAGCAUGUGAUGGGUUAUGGGACGUUAUUGAUGACCAAGAAGCAUGUGAAUUAAUUAAAAAUAUUGAUGAACCCAAAGAAGCUGCUAGGAUACUUGUUAGAUAUGCCUUAGAGAACGGAACUACAGAUAAUGUUACUGUAAUGGUUGUAUCGCUGUGA